AUGGAUUCUUCUGCGGAUAUUUGCAAUGUGUUUGAAAACAAAGUGAGCUUUACCGAUGAGUUUGAGGUGAACGGUUUGCGGUUUCUCUUCAAGCCGUUGGAGUCGUACGAGGAGUAUCUGGAGGUGCGUCCUCUCGUCGAGACCCUUUCGCAAUGCCCUAUUACGCAUUGCCGUCAGUACGUGGAUGUUAUGCUUCGUCUUCCUUCGUACUACCCUUUUUUGGUGUGCCUGGUUGACGAUUCUUCUGGGCGCAAACGCAACGACGAUACCGCAGCCAGCUCAAGCUGUGACGGUCCCGCCCCGGCCUCCGGACCUGAUAGCAGUCCCGCCACAUCGCACAUCGUAGGAUACAUCGAGGUGUAUAUGAUGCCGCAUCUGGGUCGCCUAUUCGACUCUCGUUUCGAGCGCAUCAUCGUCGACCCCAAAUAUCGCAACAUGGGCGUUUGCCAAAAGAUGGUGGCUACGGCAAUUCAUUUCUGCCGCUCUGUGCUGCGCUGCAACCGGAUAGACAUGAUCUGCAACAACCCCGUUGCGAUCCAUGUGUACGAGAAGUUCGGCUUCGAGCUUGUCAAGACCAAUACAUAUCGCAAGACUUUGAUAUAG